AAAAAAAAAAAAGAAAAAAGAAAUCACUCAUCAACAACACACAGACAGACACAGAGAGAGAGAGAGAGAGAGAGAGAAUCGACAUCUCCGUCUCGCAUUUCACUCAUUCAGAGGCGCCCUUUUUCCAUUGAAGCAGUCUCCGUUUUGUGGAAACCUUCCCCUUCUCCCUCCUCUCUCUCCAAGCAUUGGUUGAAGAUAAAUAUUGUUUAUUCUUUGGGGGAGGGGGUUUUUGCUGUGAGCUGAGCUUCCGUUUCGAUUCGGUUCUCUUCAUCCGUCGUCGCCUGCCGGAGAAGAAAAGCCGCAGCUUUUGCGUCGAUCACUGGCUUUUUCCUUUCUGGGUCUGUGUAUAAUCCUCCAAUCUCCCGAUUUUUCUGGCGAUUUUGAGCUGAUUCUGUAGCUUUGGUGCUGUUAGGGGGUGGAGGGGACUGCCCGUUUGCUUGUAUGAUUAGGGUUUCCUGUGGUUGAUAUGGGAGCAGUAGCAGCUGCUGGGGAUAACAAUAGCGGCGGAGGAGGCGCAGGUGGAGGGGGAGGGGGUGAGAACGGUAAAGUGGAGCCGUGGACCCUGUGCAAAUCGGAGAAAAAGAAGAAGAAGAAGACGACGACGAAGAAGUGUGAUAGCGACAGGAAGAAGGGGAGGGUGAAGGAUGAUGAUUGUGGGGGUAUUGAGGAGACUGGGUGUUGGAUCAAGUUCAGUUUCAUCGGGAGCUGCAUAUCUUCUAGAUCCAAGGUCGAUAACUCCACCUGCGGCACCAGCACAAACUAUGCAGAAAGUAAAUCAACAUAUGAUACGAGCAGGGAUCAACCUGUUGUUCCUGUAGUCUCAUCGACAACCACUAGUAAUACAGAGACUAACUCCACUACUUCGAAACUGGAAGAGGAACUUAAAGUUGCUUCUCGGUUGCGGAAGUUCACAUUUAAUGAUUUAAAGUUGGCAACAAGAAACUUCAGACCUGAGAGUCUCCUAGGAGAAGGAGGCUUCGGCUGUGUGUUCAAGGGCUGGAUUGAAGAAAAUGGAACUGCUCCAGUAAGGCCUGGUACAGGGCUUACUGUCGCUGUUAAAACCCUCAACCAUGAUGGCCUUCAAGGUCACAAAGAAUGGCUGGCUGAGGUAAAUUAUCUUGGUGAUCUUGUACAUCCUAACUUGGUUAAGCUAAUUGGUUACUGCAUUGAAGAUGAUCAAAGGCUGCUAGUGUAUGAGUUUAUGCCAAGGGGAAGCUUGGAGAAUCACCUUUUCAGAAGGUCCCUGCCUCUCCCUUGGUCUGUCAGGAUGAAGAUUGCACUAGGAGCUGCCAGAGGUCUUGCAUUUCUUCAUGAAGAAGCUGAAAGACCAGUCAUAUAUCGUGAUUUUAAGACCUCGAACAUUCUAUUAGAUGCGGAUUACAAUGCCAAGCUUUCUGAUUUUGGACUUGCAAAAGACGGACCCGAAGAAGGCAAGACGCAUGUCUCAACCCGUGUAAUGGGAACUUAUGGGUAUGCAGCACCAGAGUAUGUGAUGACAGGGCAUCUUACAUCGAGGAGUGACGUGUACAGUUUUGGCGUGGUUCUGCUAGAAAUGCUGACGGGCCGGAGAUCCAUGGACAAGAACAGGCCCAAUGGCGAGCACAACCUUGUUGAGUGGGCUCGGCCCCAUCUCGGGGAUAGGAGAAGAUUCUUCAAACUGAUAGAUCCACGGCUCGAGGGUCACUUCUCUAUAAAGGGAGCCCAGAAGGCUGCCCAGUUGGCCGCUCACUGCCUCAGUCGGGACCCCAAAGCCCGGCCGCUAAUGAGUGAAGUGGUCGAAGCUUUAAAGCCUCUCCCGAACCUCAAGGACAUGGCCAGCUCUUCAUACUACUUCCAGACAAUGCGGGCCGAUCGAAUCGGGUCGAGCCCAAACGCGAGAAACGGGCUCCAGACGCAGAAUGGGCUGAGGAAUGGGCAACAGCAGAGAAGCCUGUCCAUCCCCAACGGUUCCCAUGCGUCUCCCUACCAUUAUCAGUAUCCUCAUCAAUCCCCGAAACCCAAGUAGUAAGAUGCAACUCUCGGGUCUAAGUAUAGCUGUGAAAUAGUUGGUCCUGGAACGCUAUCUUCAUUAUUUUUACUUUUAACCAUAUCUCUUCUCUUCGGUAAAUGAGUUUAACUUACUUCUGGAGCAUUUGUUCUUGAUUUAGUGGGAAAAGGCAGUGUAAAAAGGAGGGUGUCUUUCUUGUUUGUGUUCUUCUGGCUUAGAGUUUCAUGUCCGGUUAGCAGGUAAAAGGUUGUCUGGGAUGAUGAAGUGUCGUCCAUUUUCAUCCUUGUGAUACUCUAUUCUAUUUGGGAAAUGAUUAGUACCCUUUUGUUCCCCUCC